AUGAUCACCAAAAACACUCGCGUACGCUACGCGCGCACCUCCUCGUCGUCAGACAUGUGUAGUGCUGCUGGCGGUGGCCGUUGUGUGUCUGUGGUAUGCGGCAUGAACUGGAUCAUCCUGUUAACAACGCUCAUCUCGCUGAACCUCUUUGCCUCACUCGUCGCAAUCCUACUGCUUACGGCUCAUUUAUUCGCAUAUCACAAUCCUCGAAAACUUGGUGAUAGCCCAACGGCAGCCGCUUUGACGACGAGGACAAAUCAAGGUAAUAACCCGUGCGCUAGUGGACAACUGAGAACGUUGCUAGGUAUAUCGUGUGCAGCUGCAUUGGAUAUGGCCAUUUACGAGGACAAUACGAUGAUGUUAACACCUCGUGAUGGUCGGAGGACGGCGACGACGCUGGCGCCGACGUCGACACCAGAAAUCGUACCAUUUCUCGAGCCCACCAACAGUCCGGAACGAAGCAAAUUCUCACGGGGAUUGUUCACCAUAAUCGCAACGUGCUCCUCUGUGCGAGACUUGUUGGAUGAACGAGAAUGUAAGGAUAAGAAGGAAAAAAUCGGAUGUGGUGAUGCGCUUGAAAUAGCAAUGCAAUGUCCAUACACUUGUUUCUGCUCAUCCUAG